CAUAAACUGCGCGCUUCCUCCAUCCGGCAGUCUCUCCUCGGCGCUGCUCGGUCGCUCGUCUCUCCAGCCUGAGGGUGGCACCUGCGGCUUCUCUCCUCUCCGACGCCUUCGCGGGAAGUUUUCCCUUUGGGCUGCUGUGCGACGCCGCGCCCGCCCGCCCGCCCGCCCGCCCGCCGAGGACUCGGGUCCGCAGAGGGCGCCCUCCUCUCCUGCCGCGCCGAUUGGGAUCUCGCCGGCCAUGGCUCGCCUCGUCGUCUCGGGUUUCCUCGCCCUGCUUUGCGCCCAGCUGGCUGAGCAGGCUGGCGUCUUCGAACUUCAAGUGCAUUCCUUCACCACAAGCAGCCCCCGAAGUUUGUGCCGUGGUGCCCACCCCUGCCGCCUCUUCUUCCGUGUCUGCCUCAAACACGCCCAAGCCGUGGUUUCCCCAGAGCCCCCCUGCACCUUUGGGGCAGCCCUGAGUGACAUCGUCCCUGCUGACCGCAGUGCUGUGGCCACCAGUGGGCCCAUCCGUGUCCCCUUCCACUUCAAGUGGCCGGGCACCUUCUCCCUCAUUAUUGAAUCUUGGAGGGCUGACUCAGGAGAGCCAUCCACAGAGGAUGCCCAGAGGCUCAUCAGUCGCUUGGCUACACGCCGCCGCUUGGCUGUGGGUGAGGACUGGUCACAAGAUGUGCAGCUUGGAGAGCAAAGCGAGCUGCGUUACUCCUACCAUGUCACCUGUGAUGAGCACUAUUAUGGGGAGAGCUGCUCAGACUACUGCCGGCCACGGGAUGAUACCUUUGGGCACUACACCUGUGACGAACUUGGCAGCAGGAUCUGCCUAGCAGGGUGGCGGGGUGAAUACUGCUCUGAGCCCAUUUGCCUGCCUGGCUGCAGCAACAGCCAUGGGUACUGCGAGAAGCCCGGAGAGUGCAAGUGUCGUAUUGGCUGGCAAGGGCACUUCUGUGAUGAGUGUGUCCGCUACCCAGGCUGCCUCCAUGGCACCUGCAUGCAGCCGUGGCAGUGCAACUGCCAAGAAGGUUGGGGUGGGCUCUUCUGCAACCAGGACCUCAACUACUGCACCAACCACCAUCCGUGCAAGAAUGGCGCCACCUGCACCAACACUGGCCAAGGAAGCUACACCUGCAGCUGCCGGGCCGGCUUUGCUGGGACAAGCUGCGAGAUCGAGACCAACGAAUGUGACAGCAACCCUUGCAAGAAUGGAGGCAGCUGCAAUGACUUAGAGAAUGACUACAAAUGCACCUGUCCUCAAGGUUUCUAUGGCAAGAACUGCGAAGUCAGUGCCAUGACCUGUGCCGAUGGGCCUUGUUUCAAUGGUGGGACCUGUGCGGAGAAACAGAUGGGCAGCUACACUUGCCACUGCCUGGUGAACUACCAUGGUUCCAACUGUGAGAAAAAGAUAGACCGGUGCAGUAACAGCCCCUGCUUGAACAGCGGCCACUGUCUGGAUCUGGGCCGUAGUGUGAUCUGCAAAUGCCGUCUGGGUUUUGCUGGCCCUCGCUGUGAGCUGAAUAUCGAUGAUUGUGCAGGAAACCCUUGCGCUAAUGGAGGCACGUGCAUUGAUGGUCCAAACAGCUACACCUGCUCUUGUACCCUGGGCUAUGGCGGGAAGGACUGUAGCACCCGCAUGGAUGCUUGUGGCUCCAACCCUUGCUUGAACAGCGGCACCUGCUAUACUCACUUCUCAGGCCACGUCUGUGAGUGUUCAGCUGGCUACAUGGGCUCCAGUUGCGAGUUCAAAGUUCAGGUUCCCACCCCUGUUAGCAGCCAGCGGGUGACUGAGGGCCCUUUUCCUGUUGCCUUGGCAGUUUCCUUUGCUCUGGGGCUUAUGACGUUGGUGCUGGCGGCAUGUGCCGCUGUGGCUGUGCUUCGACAUAUGAGGCAAGGCUGUAAAGCUGUGAAAAGCAGUGUCCGCAAUGACCUGGCAACCAUCAACAACCUCAAGGAGAGGGAUGGCUUCCUCAUUUCCCCUGGAUGCUUUAAGGUGUCGAACAAAGAUGGCAGAUUCAGUGGUGACCAGUUCAACUGCAAGAGGAAGUUGCUGGAUCAGAGCCAUGAGUCGCUCUGCAAGAAGAAGCUGGAGAACAAAAAACCUGAGUCCAUCCGGUCCGUUGUUCCUGCAGGAUACCCCAAAGAAGGCACCUAUCACCCCAUCUACAUCAUCCCAGACCAGAUGGAGCAGUGCAUUUAUGCAACAGAGGUCUAACGAAGAUCCUUCGCCCAAGCCUUGGACUCUGGCAUCUGUUUCUUAUCUUAUUUUUCUUCCAAAUUCUCAACUAAAGGAAUGUUUACAGAGCAGACUGAAUGGACUCCUGGAGCAGCCAAUGUCUUACCAUUAUUAAUUUUUUAAUCUAUAUAGUAUUAUAUAAAAAGGACUCCUUUUUUAAAGGAAAAAUAUUUAAUAUUUAUUCUUGCUGCUAUUUUUUUAAUUUUAUUUUUGCAUUGAGAGCAACAGACUGACUUAAAGGUCUUAGGAAACAACCAACGGAGUGGAAAGUGUUUGAAAGUUAGCCCUAGGUUUGGUGAGGAUUGUUUGGGUUAUCUCUUGAAAAGGGGCAACAGAAAGGAGGCGAAUUUGGGGUUUGGAGAGGGGGAGAUUUGGGAGGAAGAGAGGCUGCCCUGGGAUUGUCUGAUCUGUAGAAAAGGCGGGUCCUUUUCCCUCACAGAAGCGCCAGGACUGAAAGGAUUUUUGCAUGUUUUUAUUUUCAAAACAAUUUUGCCACUUCUCCUUCAGCAUGUUGGUCCCUUUGCCCCCACCCAUGGUGAGUGUCCCCCAAGUUUGAAGGAGGGGAGCUGCCCUUUCAUUCAGCCAUUAGUGAGAUAAAUAAAACAAGCCACCCGCUGCACAACAGGAAUUUAUGACUCACUAGAUUUGUCUCACCUUUCAACUACGAAACAUCCCCAAGUCAGCUUUCAUUAAAAACAAAAACAAAAAAACAGUGUGCAUCCAUUGGCUUGAUUUUGUUGAAAAGAAAUAAUCAUGAAAUGAGAUUUCAAGGGGAACCUAAGGAUUUGAGAGACUCCUGCAAAGGCAGGAGUGAAGGAUCCUCUUACGAGCCAAAGGAGACCACACUGUUGCUUUAAAACUAACUGGCAGGACAUGUCCAAUUUCUUGCCUGUACCUUGUAGACGCUAAAGGGUUAGGGUACAUCUUGUUGCGCAAAGAGCUCUCACCACAAGGUGAAAAAUGCCACCAGUUCUUGAAGAAGCAUUUUGCAACUGGAGAAACUGUUAAGGUCAUACCACUCUUUCCCCAUACAGGGACAGCAUUUAUGCAAGACAAGUAAGCCUAUGAAGACUAAGGGAUUUCCCUUCAUAGGGAAAGUUCCCUGGUUUGGUUGUUUUAAUCAGGGAUUGGGAACCUCCAGGCUGGAUGUGGCCCUUGGAGGCUUCCCAUCCAGGGCCUCUCUUACUUGCCCCCCCUCCCUCCCUAGCAGGGAGAGGGAAAGCAGCAAACUGCAAGUCCUAGGGGCCUGAUCCAGAUUAGGACCCUGGCGUAGAAGGGCCUUACCCUUGCCCUCUCACUGUGGUCCUGAGUUGGAUUGAGGGCCCUUUGCCUGCAAGUUGAUUGCCAAAAAAAGAAUUGAUUCAAACAAUAUAUAUUUUUUUGCCAAUGGAUGUAUACAUCCUUAAAAGGUUAUUUAGGUCCUAGAUGUGUGCCUCUCUAUAGCCCCACCUGCUGCUGGAAUGUGGCCCAAAAAAACUUUUUACCAGGGUACUGCUGCCCUUGGGAUGAAAAAGAUUCCCUAUCCCUGUUUUGAAUUAACAAAACACUCAACCGCAUUCACAGGAUGCCGCCCUUCAUUAGGAAUCAAGGGCACAACAGAAGAUUCUGUUCAACAGGAGUUUGUGUCCUCGGUUUGAGUUGUUUGGGAAGGUUUUACCCCUCUGCUGAUGGACGCUGCACUCCACAAGGGCACCAACCCAUGGGCCUCAGAGCCUGUCUGGCCAUGGAGAUGCGGCUCAGGCUGGACCAAAAGCAAGGUGAAACAUGCAAAGGGGCUGAGAAGAGAGACAGAAUUAUUUUUGGUAUCAAUCGAAACAGAAUCCAGUGUGACCUAUAUGACAAUUUAGCUUAAUUUCAUGAUUUUUUAAAUUUUUUGAACUCGUGCUCUUGUUACCUGACAAAUGGCAAUUUCAAAUAAACAUUUUUUCCCAGUAUUUUUUAAAACAAUGGUGAGUAUUUUUGUGCAAAAAAAGAUGACGGGAAUAGAAUCGUACUUUGGUAGCAACUAAGUCAGCUCACUAUAAUACCAGUUGUGGCAACCUUUUCAUUCUGGUGGUGGUGGUGUUUUAAAUAUUAAGGCUUCAAUCCUAUACUUGCUUACCUGGGAGUAAGCCUCACUGAAAUCAAUGGCAUUUACUUCUCAUGUGUAGUCAUGUACUGUUAAAUUUUCAACCGUGGAUCCUAAUGUCACAAGUUCUACUAGAAAUAUUUUGGAAUGGAUAGCAGUUCUUGUUACUUUUUAAACUGUUCCCCUCCCCCCCCCCAGUUUUUCUUUUAAUUUAAAAACGUAAGUAUUUUGUACAAAAAAAACCCUGCUGGAGGUGCUUUAUCUACAUAUUUAAAUUGUACAUAAUGUAUAUUUAUAAGUGUCAUGUUUAUAUAUUCUCCACCUGCUGUGACUUUUCUUCUUUAUGUA